GUAUCUACGGGCAAUGGUGAGCAUCCUCCUAAGUCCCGCGGCGCAGCACACACCAUUUUGUAAAGAGCUGGAAGAUAUUACCCCCGUCGGCACGGGCCGGCGACAGGAUCUCAGAAUGAAUGCUACGGACUGCGAGCUAACAUGACCCGCCACCAGGCUGGGCAUCCUAACCAUGAUCCUCUGCUUUGCGCUCGGCAUCGCAAAUCUGUUCUACUUGACGCGCCCCCUCAUCAUCAUCAUGGCCGCCAUUUGCUUAGCAUCCUCCUUCCUGAUCCUCUUCAUUGAAGUGCCCCUCCUCCUCCGCAUCUGCCCCACCUCGUCCAAGUUCGACAACAUCAUCCGUAAGAUCACGACCAACUACAUGCGCGCCGCUGCCUACGCGGGCAUGGCCCUGCCCCAGUGGCUGACGCUGCUCGAUGGCGGCAGCCCCACCUCGCUGAUCGCCGCCGCCGUGUUCUUGACUCUCACCGGAAUAUGCUACCUCCUGGCGGGCAUCAAGGGCCAGGCGUUUGUCGGGAGCAAGACGCUUGGCGGGGCGGGCGUCGCGCAGAUGAUUGUAUGAGCUUUGAGCCUGCUUGCCAUCUUGGGCGUACGCG